GACGCUGUUGUGAUGGGCGGGAGUCUCCAACAACAAAUGAGUGGCAGGUGAUAAUUUGUCAUUGAUGACAAUGAACGGCACUUUGUGCGUCACGGUGCGCCCUGGACUCUCCACCCUGCAUGUUAAUGGUAGGCAGAGCAGCAUGUGAUCCUCCGUCCUCCAGUGUCCUGCGAGCGCUCAGUCAGUACCACACCGACACACAAGUGCUGCCCAGCGGAUGUAUUCAUGCAUCUCUCCAGAUAUUCUCUCAACACUGCGUUCCUAUUAAACCCUGGAUUGUGUUGAUCGCUGCAAAAGACUCACGGACUGAGGCCCAGACCUGCAAUCCAGCUGCCUCUCUUCAGCAUCUCCCUCAUAGCUACAUCCAUUCAUCUCAAUCUCUUCCUCUAUCACUUCUCUCUGUUCCUACCAGUCUCGGUCUUGCUCUCUCUUACUCUCUCCACCCCCGCCCCCUUUCCGAACCCUCAGCCUCCCUGAUGCCUAAGAACAGCAAGGUGACGCAGCGCGAGCAAAGCCAUGAGCACGUCACAGAGUCGGUGGCUGACCUGCUCGCAAACGAGGAGCCGCUCGACUACAAGAACAGCUCCCUGAACGUCGGAGGGGCUGCUGGGAAGAAAGGCCCGCAGAUAGAGGUGCCCGAAAACGAUGGACGACCUGCCUGGAACAGCAAACUGCAGUACAUCCUGGCCCAGGUGGGCUUCUCUGUGGGCCUGGGGAACGUGUGGCGCUUCCCUUACCUGUGCCAAAAGAACGGAGGAGGUGCCUAUCUGGUUCCCUACUUCAUCCUCCUCCUCAUCAUUGGUAUCCCGCUCUUCUUCCUGGAGCUGGCAGUGGGUCAGAAGAUCCGGCGUGGUAGCAUCGGGGUGUGGAACUACGUCUGUCCCCAUCUGGGCGGGAUAGGAAUGUCUAGUCUGAUGGUGUGUGGCUUUGUGGGGCUCUACUAUAAUGUGAUUAUCGGCUGGAGUAUCUUCUACUUCUUCCAGUCCUUCCAGUAUCCUCUGCCGUGGAGCGACUGCCCUAUCAGAAAGAAUGGGACACUUGCCAUUGUGGAGCCAGAGUGUGACAAAAGCUCCGCUACAACCUAUUUCUGGUACCGUCAGACUCUGAACACCACCAGCACCAUCGCGGAGAGUGGUGGCCUGAACAUCAAAAUGACCCUGUCUCUGCUGGUGGCCUGGAUCAUCGUCUGCCUCGCCGUCAUUAGAGGAAUCGCCUCCUCGGGGAAGGUGAUGUACUUCAGCUCUCUUUUCCCGUAUGUGGUGCUGUUCUGUUUCCUGGUCAGGGGUUUAAUGCUGAAGGGAUCGGUGGAUGGCAUCGCUCACAUGUUCACUCCCAAGCUGGAGAAGAUGUUGGAGCCCCAGGUGUGGAGAGAGGCCGCCACUCAGGUCUUUUUUGCCCUGGGUCUGGGGUUCGGAGGAGUCAUAGCCUUCUCCAGUUACAAUAAGAUAGACAACAACUGUCACUUUGAUGCCGUGCUCGUCUCUUUCAUCAACUUCCUCACCUCCAUCCUGGCCACACUAGUGGUAUUCGCCGUGCUUGGCUUCAAGGCCAACAUCAUGAAUGAAAAGUGUGUCGUAGAUAAUGCUGAGAAGAUCCUGGGAUACCUCAACUCAAACGUCCUGAGUCACGAUCUCAUCCCUCCACAUGUGAAUUUCUCCCACCUCAGCACGUCAGACUAUGCUGAGAUUUAUGGGGUCAUCAAGACAGUGAAAGAGGGCAGCUUCUCCCAGCUGGGUCUGGAUCCUUGUGUUCUGGAGGAUGAGCUCAACAAGGCUGUCCAGGGCACCGGCCUGGCCUUCAUCGCCUUUACGGAAGCCAUGACACAUUUCCCAGCGUCUCCGUUCUGGUCGGUCAUGUUCUUCUUCAUGCUCAUCAAUCUCGGUCUGGGCAGCAUGAUCGGCACCAUGACUGGCAUCACCACACCCGUCCUCGACACCUACAAGGUCCAGAAGGAGCUUUUCACAGUGUGUUGCUGCAUUGUGGCCUUCUUGUGUGGACUGUUGUUUGUUCAGCGCUCAGGGAAUUACUUUGUCACCAUGUUCGAUGAUUAUUCUGCCGGGCUGCCUCUCACCGUAGUGGUCAUCCUGGAAAAUGUGUCUGUCGCUUGGAUAUAUGGCACUAAAAGAUUCAUGCAGGAUCUGGAGGACAUGUUGGGUUUCCGACCGAGUAUGAUCUAUUUCUACCUGUGGAAGUACGUGUCCCCUAUCUGUCUCAUCGUGCUCAUCUCAGCUACAGUCAUAGAAAUGGCCAUCAGCCCACCAGGAUACAACGCCUGGGUCCAAGAGCUGGCUCAGGAACGCUUCCAGAGCUACCCUCCCUGGGCGCUGGCCAUGUGCUUUUCUCUCAUCGUAGUAGCCAUGCUUCCUCUCCCAAUCGUCUUCAUCGCCCGUCACUUCAACUUGAUGUCAGACGGCUCCAACAAGCUGUCUGUCUCCUACCGUAAAACCAUGAUGAAGGACAUUUCCAACCUGGAGGAGCAGGACGAGGCCAGGUUCAUCCUCGGCACCAAGCCCGGGGAGGCACCGUCAUCGGUGCCGGCACGCAGAGCCUACCUGGCUCCUGGAGGGAACAAAGCCCUGGACCCCAACUCCCUGUCUCCAAACAGCUGCUAUGGUACAAGCUACCAGAAUGCUGCAAUCAGCCCCACGACGCCGACCACACCGACCACACCUGUCACACCAGAGUCUGACUCUUGACUCCUGUCUGACCCCAUCCAAACACCCCUCUGACACCCAUUCCCGUAGCACAGUUUACCUUUCAGCCACCAUGUCUCCACAGGGGGUCACUUCAGCGCCAAGAACCCCCACUACACUGCCCCACUAACCACAAAACUAUAAGUAGCUGCCCAAUUUAUCUGAGCACACACGUCCCAAAAUGACACAGAGGAACCACCUGAGAGGAUGUCCUAAAUGUUUUAUGUUUCCCAGCAUCUGGACAAGUAGUCGGUUUGGAGAUGUAUGUUAACUCGUAGAAAAAGAGAGACAAAGUUCACUCUUUACAGCUGAUGAAACACUGGAAUCAGGGUGAGAUUGACAGUGACACGCUGUAUAUCUGUAUGUAUUCUGUAUUUAAAACCAUCAGGUCUAUGUGCUUAAAAUGAAGUUCUGUGAUCUGCUUUUCUUUGCCUUAGUAUAAGGAUCCUCAGCAGACCCCCCCCCCCCCCUCCCCCAUCAAACUAUGAUGCACAUCCCAGUCUGCACAGUGCCGGGGAUCUGAAAGAAUGAAUGUAGUGGAGCCGGUGUGGUCCUGCUGGAUGAAUAUGGUCUGGAGCCAUAACAGGUUUUGACUCAGUACAGUGGCACAGAGCCAAUAUGAAUGGCUCUCUGUAUUAUAAACUAUGCUUAAGGCUGC